GUGUCGAGUCCUUUUUCAGGACUCCGGCCAAACCAAAGCACCAACCUUAUGACUUCUUUUUCCCACUCCCUUUUCAGGGAGGCACGGCUGGCCGAGUGCCGACUUCUUUUUCAUGACUCCGGCCAAACCCAAGCACCAACCUUAUGACUUCUUUUUCCCACUCCCUUUUUAGGGAGGCACGGCUGACCGAGUGCCGACCCCUUUAAAACUUCAGCCAACCCUUGCAAUUCCCGCCUUAAACUCAAACGUCCGCUACUAAAUGUCACCACCUUUUCCCUUUCGCACCGGUUACUAUACCGAAGAUAAUAACUUCCCGCGUACGUUUCACGUCUUUUUGACGUCAUUUCCUAUCAAUCUCACUUUCCACGUGUCAUAAUCUCCCUUCAUCUCACUUCGCCUAUAAAUACCCCCUUUCCACCGUUUUAUUUUUACCCUUUUACUAUUUUACUCUCUCUGGCGAACUUCACAGUGCUCUCAUUUUCCGGCGCUACUCAACUUUCCCUCAUUUUUUCCGUUCGUUCUCCGGGGACCCUCCGAUCUACGCUUCUCACUCAGUCGCCCUUUCGAGUCGAUCUCGUUCUUUCUACUGGUGUCAUUCAGGUUGGUUCCUUUUCCUCUUUUCUCCCCAUGUCUUCUUCUCCUAGCCGUGUUGGGGUUACUACAAACCCCAACGCUUCUACGUCUCUGAGGGCAACGGGGGAAGUUUCAUCUUCUGCCCCCUUAAACCCUAUGCCCAUUCGGGCCGUCGCUGCUCUACCCCAAGGACUUCAAAAGGCUUCGGGUCUCUUUGAAGAUAUUGGACGCCCGACUGGGCUUCACUCCAAGAUUUUAGCCCCUGAGCUGGAAGAGGCCCAGCAUUUGUUGGGCCCAGCGGCCGAAAUAUACAUCCCGCGCGACCGCUAUAUUUUUGAGCCUCCUUCCGGUGGAUAUGUGGGAGCCCACCUCCAAUCUAUUCGUUACGGGUUUCGUAUACCCGUAAGUCCAUUUGCUUCCCUCUUCUUUCGUUACUUUGCUCUUUCCCCCGGUCAACUCCUUCCAAAUUCUCACCGCCUCCUCACCUAUUUCCAAACCAUAUGCACUAAUUAUGGCUUUGACCUGACCAUGAACUUGUUCCUCCAAUUCUAUUUAGUUAUUAGGGUUGGGACCACUUCCCCGAGUUUUAUCCAAAUUUCCCAACGGGGUGACCACAAAACUUUUGACGGACUGGUCGACUCCCUCAAGAGGUGGAAGCCAGUCUUCCUCUUUGUGCGUUUGUCUCCUCACUACCAUCCCUUUGAUUUUCCUUUGACCUGGGGGUCUUCCUUCUUUAAAUGUCUCAAAAAGCCUCCACCUAGCAAAGAUACGACCGACUCGGUCGAAGUUCUCUUGGACUUGGGCCUCCUCCAAGUCAAUGAAUGGUCGAACCUUGCAGCCCUCAAAGCGGCCAGCCUUUUGCAUGAAGGGGCGGCUACCAAAGGCGACGAACCAGAGCUAGUCCCGGAGGAGGAGGAAGAAGUAGAGGAAGAGGGUGAGGAAACGAGCGGAAAAGCUAUCACAGACGACCCCAACGCUCUCCCCCUUUCUCAAGACGUGUCAAGCCGCCACGCCUUGCUGAAGGAGCGCACCAGGAGUCGCGCGUCCUCCUCCAACCCUAUUGUUGUCAAUGACUCACCCACUCGUUCUAUUGAGCCUCCGCGCACUCGCCAGACUCGCCGAGUCCUGCCUCCACCUGCCACUAGUUCUGGCUCCAAGCAUCCCGCUGAUACUCCUUUAAAAGCCCCUCCUGCCAAAAAGGUAGCCCUUGGGCUUGAGGCCGAUGCUGACGAAGGCAUCGCUCAAGGUGCCUUCCCCGUGCAUGACUGGCUGGACAAGGUGAUUUUUCCUAAGGACGCGGCUUAUUACGAGAGCUACUCCACCGAGAAAAUAUUUGAAGGCGUCUCUCGCUAUUUGUACCGGGCCCUGGCUGUCCAGUCCGAAAUGCGAAGGAGGAUGAAGCCUCUCAUGGCGGACGCGGAGUUGGUGCCGACUCUCCAAGCUAAUCAUCAGAAAAGCAUGAAGGAGGUGGAUGAUCUGGCAUUUCGGGUGGGUCAACUGGAGUCGGAGCUGGAAGCCUAGAAGAAGAAGAAUGCUGAAGCCGCGGAUCUGGCCGUGGCCACUUAUGUUUUCGUAUACUAUAUUAUUAUUAUUAUUAUUAUUAUUAUUAUUAUUAUUAUUACUAG